AUGGAGAAACAUUUUCCUUUUUGUCUCUUCCUUGUAUUUUCAUUCACUUUACAAUAUUCAUAUACGACUAUUGCAACACGAACUACAACAUGGAGUCAAGGGUUUGAGCACUGGGGCUAUGUUCAAGUUUUAACGAACGUCCAUUUGUAUUGGUGGCAUUUUAAGAGUUCCAUUAGAGAUGAAGAUCCAUCCACACCGUGGCCUACAAUUUUAUGGCUUCAAGAAGGCCCGGGUGGUUUAAGAGUUGCACUUGGAAAUUUCUUAGAAAUAGGACCACUAGAUGGACAUUUACAGCCCCGUCACUAUACAUGGCUUCGAAAAGCAGAUCUCUUAUUUGUGGAUAAUCCAGCUGGAACAGGCUUCAGUUAUGUAGAGGAUGAAACUUUAUUCACUACCAGUGAUGAAAGAGCAGCAACUGAGUUACUCUUCUUGUUAGAGGAUCUCUUCAAUAGAUUUGAAUUCCUCCAAGAAAGUUCUCUUUAUAUAAUUGGAGAGUCGUACCGAAGAAAAAUUAUAGUUACUCUUGGAUUAGCAAUUGCAGUUCCUCGAAGAAAUUUUGCAACAAGAACUACAACGGGUGGUGAAAAGUUUGAGCGUUGGGGCUAUGUUGAAGUUCUAAAGGGAGUUCAUUUAUUUUGGUGGCAUUUUAUGAGUCCUUUCAGAGUUAACAAUCCAUCCACACCGUGGCCAACGGUUUUAUGGCUUCAAGGAGGCCCGGGUAUUUCAGCAGUUGCAUCUGGAAAUUUCAUAGAAAUAGGACCAGUUGAUGAACAUUUACGAUUUCGUCGAUAUACAUGGCUUCGAAAAGUAGAUCUCUUAUUUGUGGAUAGUCCAGCUGGAACAGGCUUUAGUUACGUCGAGGAUGAAGCCUUAUUGGCUACAAGUGAGGAAAGGGUAGCAACUGAGUUACUUUUCUUGUUGAAGGAUCUCUUCAAUAGAUUUGAAUUCCUCCAAGAAAGUUCUCUUUAUAUAUUUGGAGAGUCGUAUGGAGGAAAAAUUGCAGUUACUCUUGGAUUAGCAAUUGUUGAAGCUAUCGAUGCAAACGAAUUAACGCUUAAACUUGGUGGAGUUGUUUUAGGAGAUAGCUGGAUUUCUCCUGAAGAUUUUGUGUUUUCAUGGGGACCUCUUCUAAAAGACAUGUCUCGUCUCGAUGACAGCGGUUUAAACAAAUCAAACGAUUCAGCUCAAAAAAUAAAGCACCACCUUGAGAAACAUGAAUAUAAAGAAGCAACUUCAACAUUGUUCGAGCUACGAAAUAGAAUUCUUAAGCACAGCAACAAUGUGGAUUUCUACAAUUUAUUGCUGGAUCAUGGUACUAUGAAGAUCAAUGUUGACAUGUUUCGCUUAAUGAAUGGCCGUAUUAGAAGUAAACUAGGAAUUAUUCCUACGAAUGUACGUUGGGAAGAUCAAAUCGAAAGAUUUCGUGAAGCCUUAAGUGAAGACUACAUGAAACCUAGAAUUAAGGAGGUUGACCAGCUAUUGACCAAAGGCGUGAGUGUCACCGUAUACAAUGGACAACUUGAUCUCAUAUGUUCAACCAAAGGAACAGAAGCAUGGGUCAAGAAACUUAGUUGGAACGGCUUGAAAUCUUAUUUAAACUUGGAGCGUGAUCCAUUAUAUUGCGGAAAUGACAUGACAAUAACAAAAGGGUUUCGAAGAAAAUAUGAUAACUUCACUUUCUAUUGGAUUCUCAUGUCUGGUCACAAUAUUCCAUUGUUCCAGCCCUGUAUUGCUUUGCAGAUGGUGGCCGAAAUUACAAAAUCCCCGAGUCCUCACUAG